GAAAAUUUCAACGAUUGGAGCAAAAGACUUCCAUGAAGGAAUCAGAUCCAUAGAUUCAUUGGAUUAAAUUAAUUAGAUACCCUCUUAGUUUGACUUACUAACUCUCUUGCGUCCAUCUACAGAUAGCCUCAAAAUCUCCACUUUGGUUCCUAAGAAAUGGAGACACUUGCAUAGUAUUCUAGUUUUAUUGAAUUAAUAGCUACCAACUGAGACAAUUUCUGUCAUAGUUUCAUGGCUUCUGCAUCUGGGUGUGGACCAUUUGAAUUUUCUAGCAAGUACUAUCAUGUGUCUCAGAAUGGAGGUGUGUGCGUGAGGCAGACCAGUUUCUUUGAAGGCAAACCGGUGCUUAAUCAGGGAGUUGGUUACUCUGUCAUUCUUGGUUUUGGUGCUUUCUUUGCUCUCUUCACUUCUUUCUUGGUGUGGCUGGAGAAGCGUUAUGUGGGGUCACGUCACACGUCUGAAUGGUUUAACACAGCAGGCAGAAGUGUUAAGACAGGGCUUAUUGCUAGUGUUAUUGUGUCUCAGUGGACAUGGGCUGCUACAAUACUGCAAAGCUCAAAUGUUGCAUGGGAAUAUGGAGUUAGUGGACCUUUCUGGUAUGCUAGUGGGGCCACCAUUCAGGUAUUGUUGUUUGGAAUCAUGGCCAUAGAGAUUAAAAGAAAGGCUCCUCAUGCUCAUACUGUUUGUGAAAUUGUCAAGGCACGUUGGGGGACUUCUGCACACGUUGUUUUCCUCUUUUUCUGCUUCUUGACGAAUAUAAUUGUGACGGCUAUGUUGCUCCUUGGUGGUUCUGCUGUUGUGAAUGCAUUAACAGGAGUGAACCUUUAUGCCGCUAGCUUUCUAAUACCACUUGGAGUAAUUGUGUAUACACUGGCGGGUGGACUGAAAGCCACAUUCUUAGCAAGCUAUAUCCAUUCUGUCAUAGUGCACAUUGUUUUGGUGAUUUUUGUCUACCUUGUCUACACGGCUAGCAGUGAGCUUGGAAGCCCUUCUGUGGUGUACAAUCGCCUACUAGAGGUUGCAAGCAAAUCAAGGACAUGUCAGGAUCCUAUAUCACACAAAGGGCAAUCUUGUGGUCCUGUUGGUGGGAAUCACCAAGGUUCUUACCUAACAAUGCUGAGUUCAGGUGGCUUGGUGUUUGGGAUUAUAAACAUUGUUGGCAACUUUGGCACUGUGUUUGUUGACAAUGGAUACUGGGUGAGUGCCAUCGCAGCAAGACCUUCAUCAACACACAAAGGCUACUUGUUAGGAGGCUUGGUCUGGUUUGCUGUGCCAUUUUCUUUGGCUACAUCGUUGGGUUUAGGAGCUCUAGCCCUUGAUUUACCAAUAAAUGAAAGUGAAGCAGGUCGUGGACUUGUUCCCCCUGCUACAGCGGUAGCCCUGAUGGGGCAAGGAGGAUCUAUUCUUCUUCUUACCAUGCUUUUUAUGGCAGUGACUUCUGCUGGUUCAUCAGAACUAAUUGCAGUCUCAUCAUUAUGCACAUAUGAUAUCUACAGAACUUACAUAAAUCCUCAUGCAAGUGGAAAGCAAAUCCUCAAGGUGUCAAGAGGUGUUGUUCUAGGCUUCGGGUGUUUGAUGGGGUUGCUAGCAGUCAUACUGAACAUGGCUGGAGUUUCUUUAGGAUGGAUGUACCUUGCAAUGGGAGUUCUGAUUGGCUCAGCAGUUCUUCCUAUUGCUUUUAUGCUUCUAUGGAGAAAAGCAAAUGCAACAGGAGCCAUUCUUGGAACAGUCACAGGUUGUGUUCUGGGAAUUAUCACAUGGCUGUCUGUCACAAAAAUACAAUAUGGCAGGGUAAACCUGGAUACAACUGGAAGAAAUGCACCAAUGCUUGUUGGAAACCUUGUCUCUAUACUAACUGGAGGAGUUGUUCAUGCUAUCUGCAGCAUGUUGUGGCCUCAGAACUAUGACUGGAGCACCACCAAACAAAUCACAGUGGUGGAAAAGGAAAAGACUGAUCUGCCAGCAGAAGAGUUUAAAGAAGAAAAGCUAAUCAGAGCUAAAGCUUGGGUGGUGAAGUGGGGUAUUGGUUUCACUGUUUUGAUUGUCAUACUUUGGCCUAUUCUCUCCCUCCCAGCAGGUGAGUUCAGUAAGGGCUAUUUCUAUUUCUGGGCAGUGAUUGCUAUAGCAUGGGGUAGUGUUGGGUCUGCUGUGAUAAUUGUUUUACCAAUAAUGGAGAGCUGGGAAACCAUUAAAAGUGUGAUUAUGGGGAUGUUUACAAAUGACAGACUAAUGGAAAAGGUGGAAGAGUUAAAUUUGAAGUUGCAGACAAUUAUUCAAGCAAUACCAGAAGCAGAGCGACUUUACUUGCUUGAGAAGGGAAAGGCCAAAAAGUUAGAAGAAACCUCGGAGCAACAUUCUUCUUCACUUCCUGCAUAAGAUCCUACAACAGAUAAAAUAUUUGCUAAAACCACAAGAGAAUUUAUACGACUGUUUUUCUGCUAAUCAGUUUCAAACACAACAUAAAUAAAACAUUGCAUUUUUUUCCUAACCUUAUGAAGGUUGUGAUAUUACAGUUUAUGUACAAUGAUCGAAAUGCCGACAGAAGUGUCUGUAAAAUGGGCGCCUAAGUAAUCUCACAAGGAGAAACAAAUGAAUAUGAUAUGUGAACUCAACUCAA